AUGGCCAUUACCCUUGCUGCUGCCCGCGGAGACGGCCCCGCCGCAGCGCCGCACGCGGACGAGCAUGCCGCGCUGCACCUCGACAACCGUGAUCACCAAGAGCAGCUGCCACAUGAGGCGAGGCAGGACGCCGUCAGUGCUGUGCAGCAGCACCAGCAGCCGGCGUCGGCGCGCGCCCCUGCUGGCCGCGGCGCCCCCGUCAUGGCGACCCAGCCCGCCGCCGGCCCCGCCGCCUCUGCCGCAUCAACUGUCGUGACUCCCCCCGGGCUGGAAGUGCCGCUGGGCGGCUUUGCCAUCAGGCUGGACGAGAAUGAUCCACGCAGCCUAGGGCUUGCGGCCACCACCGCCCUGAGAGGUCAAGGCAUCCAAGGGAGCAUCGCUGAGAAGCUCGGCGCCUGGCUGCAGGCCGCAGUGUUGAAGGCGGAGGCCGAGGAGGCCAGCUCCCCCAAGCACGACGAGCCUUUCGUCCGCGUCCUCUCCUCCUCGUCCGGCCCGUUCUCCGCCGCCGCGCUCGGCGUGGCGGCGCCGGAUCCGGACGGGACCGCCUGGGCCGGCGGCGACGCCCUGGAGGUGCUGAUGAUCUCGCAGCCGGCCGCGGGCGACGCCGCCCACAGGUGGCGGCAGGUCGCCGCGCUGGCGGGCGCGCUGCUGAUGGCGGAGAUCGGCCUCGCGCUGCUGGCGGCGUCAGCCUGGUCGGCCGCGCGGCGCGCGGCGGAGGCCAGGGCGGAGGCGGAAGGUCUCGAGCAGCCGCUGCUGCUUGAGGAGAUCGUGGCGCGGUGCAUUUGA